UCGAAUGUGACGGUCUAAAAGUCUUAAAGGCCCAUACAUACCAUAUCUAUAUUUAUUUAUUUAUAUUCGUAUUAUCUGAAGACAUAUACACGAAAUGAUGGAUAUAACCGCAAAAGUAAUGUCAAAACAGAAUCUCCCCCGGGCCGUCCUUUUCUCCGUCCUGGUUUUAGCAACAACCGCCGCUGCCAUGCCAACAGCAUUCUCAGGAUCAAAUAUGGCCACCCAAUCGACAGACACGGAAACGGCACUCGGAAAAAUACUAUCGGGGAAGUUAAAAGCGCGGAAAGAGGCCCGACUUGUAAGGAAAUUACUCGAUUUGGGUGAUUAUGAACAGCCGCGACAGAGAAGGGAUACUACUGCUCAAGCUUCUGAGGAAAAAUUAAAAGUUAUCAAGUCAAAUUUGCAAAAUACGAAAGUGGCAAUCGAGGAUUUAUACCAUAGGGUCAAGGACGCGUUUGAUUUAUUCUGCGACCUAAAAAAGUCCAACCACAUCCCCAGGGACGACGCCGCGCUUGCCACGUGCGAAGGCUGGUCAAAGUUUCUCAUCCAGAUUCACCGGUCGAAUAUGAAUAUUCCAGAACACGAAACAAUCGCAAUACACAGUACUCAUACACCAGAACAACAUGUCGAGAAUGUUUUUGGAAAAUCGCUGACGAUCGUAUCCAGAUUCCACAUCGUCAUCGCCAACGUCACGACAAUGGAGAGCGACCACGUGUGCACCUCGACUACGGGGCAGUCCACCUGCACGCCAGACUGCGCCACCAAGGACCCUGCGGACCCCAAGCACGCUAAACAUCCCUACAAGUUCUGGUGCAAACUCAAGGACAUCCCAACCAGAAUCAACAUGUUCAAAGAGAUCGUAAAACGCACGAUGGGAGCACUGAAUAUACAACACAGUCAAACGGAUACUGUCGUAACGCUGACGUCAUCUGACCUGGACAUUUCCGAAGGAACCCGAAUCACGUACAACUUCGCCUCGUUGUGGCAAAUGAAGGAGCAAAUGGGACUAGUAAAAAACGCAAUGGGAUUACUAAGUAAUUAUCUGUGAGUGCAUAUCGCUGCGUCUUACCAAAACAUUCUGUGAUACGAAUCUCAAUCUCAUCUGCUGGCGGAGGAGAUUUAAACAAAACCACCAGACGUUCUGGUCAGAGUGAAUGCAGGAAAUGACGUCACACGUGCUAGCCAUAUCACGGCACAUCUAUGAUCUCAAAACAGACUGUGAUACUGCUUAACUAUGCACAUUCCAUACGGAGAAAGAAUGUGUUCGAACUGAACAAUUAACGCAUGCGCAGACUAUCAUCUGCAGACAAUUCCUCUGCGGCGUUAUGGUAUGCAGACUUUUUUAUUUUUGCGGCCAUUUUGGGUGGAGCCCAAUUCAUCCUAUUGUCUACUACAUAUGUCAUUAAAGGAUGAGAAGUACGUUUCAUAUUUUUCGCCCUGCCUUUUAAAUGAUGCAUUUUUCGCAACUUUCUUAUUUAUUUUGUGAUGAUUUCGCCUGAAUAGAAGCUGCCUUACUUCUAUGUUUACUAGUAGACAAACGGAGAAUUUAACUGUGCUGCCUAUUUAGUUGAAUCGUGGGCCUUAUUUAUUAAAGAAUGUGUGUAUUUAUUGCUGAUACUACGCCCAUGGUUUCAAGAUAUCACUUUUAAAUGAAUAUUGCAUUUAUAUGUUUCGCUUUCGAUGUGAGAGUAUGUCUGUUUAACUUUUGUGAACUGCCUGUAGGCCCCUGUGUAGAUGUCCAAUGCAUUUGUAGUGAGUAGGCACUGUGUGCUUCUUUGUACAUGCUUAUAUGUAAAUGUGUAUGUAAAUUAUUCCAUGGCCUAGUCCCCAGGUGUCAAAAGCCUUACCCAGAUAUGCCUGGAAAGUAAAGCAAUGAUCACUGGAGACGGGGUUGACAA